UUCGCCUAUCGCAACCAAUUGCAAUAAUCUCUUCUCAUAACUCUUUGCCUAAGUAUGACUGAAGUCGCAACCAACUUCCAAAUGGCUGAUAUUACAGCCAACCACCAAAUAACUGAAGUGGCAAACAACUACAUGAAGGAAUUCCAGUCUACCGAAGUCGAUGCUAUACUUAAGCAAGCUGGAGAGACCAAAUUAAUUGUGCCUGGUGGUUGGACUCCAGUGAACCCUCUAGACCCUCACAUUCAAGAGCUCGGAAGAUUUGCAGUGGAUGAGCACAACAAGACGACAAAGAACAAACUGGUGUUUGUGGCUGUGGUUGCUGGCUUGCAGAAACCACUUGGAUUUGCCACUCUGUACUGGCUCCUUAUUGCAGCUAAGGAUAGCAAGGGCAAGUUAGGUCUCUAUAAGGCACUGGUCAUAGAAUACCUAACUGGGGUGAAGAAACUCUUAUACUUUGGGGCUGUGCCCUUUGUUAUUAAGAACAAGGACUGAAGAUUAACAUUUAUUGUACUAAGUAUCUAGUGUGUGCCCAAGUAUGGUUGUUUCAGAUGCACUUUUGACAUGUUGGAGGUGCAUUUGUACCAGCAAAAUGCACCGAUAUAUCAGAUAAAUAAA